CCCCGGCCCAGUCGUCGUCUCAUUCUCGCCAGUGUUAUAAUAUCCCCCGCGCGCGCGCGUGGCGGCGACCCGGCCGUCUAUAAAUUGGGUACACUCUGAUAGCGAGAGAACUCACCAGACUUGCAGCUCCACACCAGCAACAGCGCGACGAUAGCUAGCUAGUAGUAGAAGCAGGCAGCGGCUCUAGUUGUCGAGCGUUCCACAGGUCAUCAAGCACCGGCGUUUAAUUAGCCAUCCGCUCCGAUCGUCCCCUCCCCUAUUCCCAUGGCCAGUUUCGCUGCUCAGGUCAUGGACAUGUUCUUCGUGCUCGUCGAGCGCGUCACCGGCUACGGCGGCCACGCUGAGGACGACCAGAAGGACGCUUCAGGUGCACAUGAGCCCACCAAGCUGCUGACAUCGUCUGGCGUUUCUGAAACCGAACAAGGAGAAGAAGAGGUGGUCGUUGCGGUGCAGAAUGUUCAGAUAAGAGCAAGAGGGGGCGGCGAACCCUUUGUGCAAGGUGGCUCGAUGCCUCAGGUUAAUUAGCACUGCAUGCAUGCGGGUUUUGUAGAGGUUAUUAGUUGCCGCUGCCUCAGGUGAUCGAGCUUCGCAGACGAUGAUGCGUUUAAUUUGCAGCCAGUGUUUUAACCUUUUUCAUGCAAGGAUGUGUGUGUGUGUGUUGUCUGGAUCGUGUUUCGUCGUUUCCUUCUUCUGAUUGAAUUAAGAGUAUGUCUGUCGAGUUCUAUCAAGUUGGUUGUAAUUCCAGUAUCCUAUGUGCAAGCAAUGUGUGAGCUUGCUGUCAAGUUUGUGGUGCCAUCGGAUCAGUCCAUUCUUAGCCUUUAACUUUCA